UAAUACGGGAUGGCUACAUAUCGGGAAAAAAAAAAAAAAAAAAAAACAUAUAUUCCGUGUGAUGUACAUGGGUUUGACAUAUGAACCCUUAUAAGGAAUUCCUGGGCACACAGUACUACUACCAAGGUAUAUGAGAAGUUCAGGGGAUAACAAGUUCACAUUACCAGCUUCAAUGGGGAAAGUGAAAGCGAUGGUAACACCAACUCAGCAGACUCAGAGGUCUUUUGUCCCAUGGGGCAGGCGUUGGAAUCCUCCAUCAUCAAUGUCCUUCCGUUUCUAUGCUUCCUCUCUUACCCUCUCUACCAAGCCUAACUCCCUAUCUCAUCAUAACGUCCACUCCAAAACUGUAGAAGAAGCAAUGGAGAGUACAUCACAGUUGGUACCAUUCCCAUUAUUAUUGAAUACCAAUUACAAAGCUUCUACCAUUCCUUGGAGGUUCCCUUCUGAUGAUCCACACGUCACCACUCCCACCGAGUUAUCUUGGAUUAAUCUCCUACUCAAUCUUAUACCCUCCUACAAGAAGCGUGCUGAGAGUGAUACUUCUGUUCCUGAUGCUGCAAAUAAAGCUGAAAAAUUUGCUCAAAGGUAUGCUGAAAUACUUGAAAAUUUCAAGAAAGAUCCUUCAAGUCAAGGCGGGCCUCCUGAUAUCCUUUUUCUAUGCAAACUUCGUGAGCAAGUCCUUAGAGAACUGGGAUUCAGAGAUAUCUUCAAGAAAGUGAAGGAUGAAGAGAAUGCAAAGGCUAUCUCCCUAUUUGAGAAUGUUGUUCGUCUUAAUGAUGCCAUUGAAGACGAAGGCAAGCGACUUGAGAAUUUAGUUAGAGGAAUUUUUGCAGGGAACAUAUUUGAUCUUGGUUCUGCCCAGCUUGCGGAGGUUUUCUCUAAGGAUGGAAUGUCCUUUUUGGGUACUUGUGAAAAUCUUGUCCCUCGACCUUGGGUUAUUGAUGACCUUGACACUUGCAAAAUGAAAUGGAGCAAGAAGUCCUGGAAGAAGGUUAUCAUAUUUGUGGAUAACUCUGGUGCAGAUAUCAUUUUGGGUAUUUUGCCAUUUGCAAGGGAGCUCCUUCGGCGUGGGAGUCAGGUUGUAUUGGCUGCUAAUGACUUACCUUCCAUCAAUGAUGUGACUUACUCUGAGCUAAUUGAAAUUAUAUCAACGUUAAAGGAUGAAGAAGGAUGUCUCAUGGGUGUCAGUACUUCAAAUCUGUUAAUUGCCAACUCUGGCAAUGAUUUACCUAUUAUUGAUCUUACAAGGGUGUCACAAGAGCUUGCUUACCUUGCCAAUGAUGCAGAUCUUGUCAUCUUAGAAGGGAUGGGUCGUGGAAUAGAAACAAAUCUCUAUGCUCAAUUUAAAUGUGACUCCCUCAAGAUUGCUAUGGUGAAACAUCCUGAGGUUGCAGAAUUUCUUGGGUCACGUCUUUAUGAUUGUGUUAUCAAAUACGAUUCAGUUUAGAGCUUAUAAUUAUUAAUGCUGAAUUCUUUACUCUGCUAAUACUACAUCCGCAAUUUGUUAAGGGUUAUUAUUUCAACCGGAUAUAUCAUUUUAU